GUCCUGGUCCGCUACAUCCAUGUCCCUCCCUCGCACCUAUGGUCGUAAUUCCACCAAAAGGAAGUUCGUCGAGGCCAUCGGCAGCGACGAUGAUGUUUCGAAGCGGCAGAAGCGUGUUACCCCGCCAACUCCCUCCACAAUACCAAGAGACUUGUCCCAAAUAUUCGAAGCAGCAUCGCCAGCAGUGUCAUCGUCGGGAUCUCCAGGAAAGCUUGCGAGGCGCAUGCUGGGGCGAUCUAAAACAGAGUCUUCAAUAGACAGCACUGGUCGGUCAGGAAGCUCUACACCAAGCUUGGCUCGACGGACACCGUCGUUGCCCUUCAUUCUCUCGCCGCCAAAACCAACUCCAACGCUCUUUCCGGAUCCACCACCCCUGCAGCAUCGUCCACCAGUAAAGCGUACAUAUGCCGGAAAAUCAAGAUCCUUUCUUGUCUCAUUGCCCAUCAAUGCCUCUACUUCUGACCUAGGUCUCGAAGAGGAUGACUUUGUCAACCGGGAGUCAUAUUCUUCCCUUCGCUCUCGCUGGGGUGUCGAUACGUCAGAGGACGACCCAUAUCCUCAGCUAUCACCAUCACGGUCACAUUCUGACUCCAAUCAUGCGACACCUACUUCAUCUCCUCCCAAAAAGAUCAAGACCAAAUCGAAAGGCAAGACCACCCCCAAUGUUCUCGUCCCCGAACCUCUUCCCAGUGGAAUGAUGAACCCCCUGAAAAGCAUCACGGAGCUCAGGACCAAGGGAGAGAACAGAAGGUUCUUAGACGAAGUUGGAUAUCUCAUUGAGGGCAUGGAUAAAGAUGGUGGGGUAGGCUUGCGAAGAUCAAGUGCAUUGGAAAUAGCGACAAAACUGUGCGACUCUGACUUUACUCGCAAGGCCAAAGCAGCAGACUUUAUCGGUCAAACCUGGGACACCUUCGUUGAGAAUGGUGCAGGAGAUGGAAAAGACAAGAUUUUAGACCUCAUUCUAGCUUUUUUUUCGGCACUCGUUGCUAGAGACGAGGUGUCUUUGAUUGACGUCGCUGAACGCUCUAGUUCGCCAUCCACCAGCUCUUCGCCAACAUCACAUUUCGCAGCAACGCUCUUUACAAUGCUCGCCCGUCUAACCCCUGAAACCGACCUAUUGUCAAUUAUGACAGGAAGUUCUCCGGAUAUCCAGCUGCGCAAACUAGGAAUUAAGAAGAACGAACAGAUUUUGCUUCGUUCCAUCCAUUCAACUAUCUCAUCAUCCUCCCUAUUUGAAGACGGUGUUGCUGUGUCAAUGGCUCUGUUAAUAACACAUACUCUGGCUGUACUUCCACCCUCAUUUCUCCCUACAAUUCACCUCACAACAUUACUCAAGUUCCUUCGUUAUCAUCUGGAUAAACCCUUUCCGUCAACAACUGCCCGGCAUGAUAAAAGUAUAGACUUCCCGAAUACUCAUAAUAUCCUGCGACUGCUGGACAGCUUCCUUCUUGGCCAAUGGGCAGGCCCCGGAUACAGUAGUGCCCAGUCAAGAAAUCUUGUUGAGGAAGCGCGAGAUGAUUGGCUGCUUAAUGGGCUGAUUUCUUGUGCGGUUCGCACCGAAAUUGCGAUGAAGACUUCCAAGUCUUAUAGUAACGCAGACAUAGACAGUUGCUUAGAUAUGGUAUUCCGCGUUCUGGUUAGCCUCAGUCACAGAGACCAGGACUGGUGCGAGAAGGUCCUUGCACAUCCGUCAGCGCCACUGUUCAUCAUUCGAACAAUUGUCAGGGCCGACCUCAUACGUCAUGAACAUCAAGGAAAAACAAAGGCGCCGCACGGGAAGACGAGCGACGAGGUGAAGGAAGAGGAGAACGAUACAAAGCUUGACGACGAAGAAAAUCCUGAGGAUGAUGCAUCCCAAGCUCGUGUUCUGGACAGACUUUGUCUUGCGUUGGGCCUCUUCACCAAUCUGGUUCAAGAAGUCGAAGACGCGAAGGAUGUCUUGCGAGGUUUGCUCCUUGAUCCUUCCUGUACCUUGAAGAAGCCUGCCUGUCUGCGCAAAUGCUCUUGUCGUCAUCCCGUCAGUGCCCUUAGUCUCCUGACUCAAGUGUACCUCCAUCAAGUUCCUAUCUUUGGAGACCCCAAGGUCAAAAUGGAGCGUCAGUCUUCACCCGCCUUUGGUACCGAUCCAAUACAGAGCGCGGACGCAUCCUUCCUGCUCGGUCAUCUAUCAGUUCUUUUUGGAUUACUUAUGAAAGGGAAUGAAGACAACCAGAAUGUUAUCUUAGAGGGGCUUUGUUCUACCAGGAUGACGCGCGCCGUACAGCUGAAUUCAUUGGUAGAACAUGCGGCUGAUCUUGCUGCUUUCUAUGCUGUCAUCAAAGGAGAGGAGGCCAAUGCAGACGGAAGCAAUGGGGAAGAUGUCGCCAUGGAUGUCAUCAAGUUCCUCCAAGAUCUUUGUGACAAACAGAAGUAACUCACUCUGUAUAACGUUCAUCACGAUUUGUGCUACCCUACCGACCUUUUUCUAUAUUUUAUCUUGGUUAAAUAAUGAACAAUAAGUAAGCAUACCGAUCAACGGAAGCUCGCAUCACAAGGUGAAAUUCAUUGAAGGCGAUAAAGAGCUUGUAAAUGAUAGCCUUCGC